AUGGCGGUAAGGAGGGUAUCAAAAGUUGAUGACUUCUUUGAUGCCUCCCAAUGCCUAGAGAUUGUUGAAAAGACUGUGGAGGAGUUUGACAGUGAUCCCUCCAACACUCGUGCUCUAGAUUCUCUUGAUCUUUUUGCUGGCAAGGGCAACUUCUGUGCUGAAUGUCAAGCAGGUGGCAAGACUAGUAUGACUGUGGACAUUCUCCAUGACAAGAAGAACCACGACAUCUUGACGCGGACAGGUUUCUUCUAUGUGCUGCAGUGCAUUCUCACGAUGGUGGAAUAUGGAAUGAUUCUUUGCGGCCCUCCUUGCGGCCUAUUCGUCUUCCUCUCAGCCAGCUACCAUCGUCGGAGCAUGGACUUCCCCUAUGGUGAUCAAUCCAAACCAAAAAUCAGGGGGGCAAACCAGCUGGUGAUCAACCUUAUCGUACUUCUGGCUGUAGCGCACAAACGCAAGAUCUUCUUUGUGAUGGAACAACCAGCUUCAUCGGUGCUAUGGAUCUUCCCUGAGCUAGACCGAUUCUGGCGCUUCUUGGAAGGGGUGAGAACUCACACGUGGAUGAGGAAGUUUGGGCAUCCAUUGCCUAAACCAACCGUUUUGUUUAGCAAUGUUUGUCGUGAGUUCCUUGUCCCUUUGGCUGGGAAAUGGAGUAAAAAAAUGGAGAAGAUUUGGCAGAGAAUCCUUGCGUCCCGGUUGGCUUCCAGCCCUGCAAUUGCCUUGCUGUGGAAACACAAAGCCAGGUACCUACGCACGGCCUUGAAGUUUCGCGCAUGGUACAAGCACCGCUGCGCCAAUGAAGUUUUCUACAGAAAGCACUUGAGCAAGAGCAAACGCCGUGUGUUUGUGAGUGGUGGAAAAAAACUGAAAGACAGCGGGAUCUACACCCGCCCGUUCUGCCGAGCCGUGAUGGACGUGUGGGCAUCUGCGGCGGCCGUGCAGGACAAUGGACUGACACUUCCACUCCAAAUCCGAGACCAUGUCACCAUCUGGCGCGAGUCUUUUAAGGGAAGCUUCACUGAACCAGACACACUGGUGGUUGAGCAGAUCACCAAGACCUUGACUUACCUAGAAAGCACGAUCGCGGUGCUUGACUGA